UAAUUGGCUUUCAAUCCGUUCUAAUCCGACAAAAAAAAACUAGGAUGGGAAAUGAUAACUCUUCCGACCUCCCGAUCUGGCCCGUUUUCAUCGACAUGAGAAAUCUUUUACCGUGUAUUGGGCGUCAGACAAGCGCCUUUGUAUUUCUUGCUUUUUAGGCAUGUAACAUCUUAACACCGCAACUGAUCUGCUGUAUCUUACGCUUCGAGUGCUUGCUCGCUCUCUCUCUCUCUCUCUCUCUCUCUCUCCCCGUUUUGGUUUUGGGAUCAAACGCUCCCUCGAAAAUGGCUACUGAGCUUUAAUAAUAAUGAUGAUGAUGAUGAUGAUGAUGAUGAUGAUGAUAAUUUGGGCGGUGAGGUUUGAUAGGGUGCAUACUCUGUACGGUUCAUGUUGCUUUUCCUGAUGUUCGGCUGCGGAAGUUGUUGUCCGACGCGUUUGGGAGAAGUAGAAGCCCCCAAGUGGCCUGUUUCUCUCUGUUUUUCGACUCCUCUUGCGAUUUUUUGGUUCUUUUGGUGAUGGGUUUCGGAGAUUGUCCCUAAAGGAGGUCGCUUUAUAACGCUGUUCCCUUCAUUCAUCCGGUUCAGAAGCUUUAUGGUUCCGGAUGAAGCGUUCCUGUAAGCGGUGUUUAUGUUUGGAGCCCAUUUGCCAUACCUGGAUAUCAUUUUGUUGAUCUUAUUAGUGAUUUCUCUGUACCUAUGAGUCACUAUAUAUAAGCUGCAACUUUUUUAGUGAUAAGAAUAAGGUCCCUGUCUAUUUCCGGCUCUUUUCGGGUAAAAAUUUUUAUCUCCGUUAAGCUGUGCCACUUUCUGACUGAAUUCCAUCGGGCAGCAGCAGCUAAAGUAAAGCUCGAUCCUACUCGUCAAUACAAAAGAUGACCAACAAUAGCUCGUCCGAUCGUUCAUCCUUCAUGCCUGAUAAUGACUUUGUCGAGCUGUUGUGGGAGGACGGUCAGAUCGUGAUGCAGGGGCAGUCCAGCAGGCCCAAAAGAAGCUUUGUUCCCACUCCCUUCAACCCCUCCUACAACAACAGAUUCCAAGACAAGGAUAUCAAAAAUGAGAUCUUGCCGAAGCAGCUCAAUCAUUUCGAAUCAGGCGAUCCUACGGUCCGUCAUGACUUCUUCACUUCUGAUCCUCUCAAUGAUAAAGAUGACGACGAUGAUGAUUCUGUCCCGUGGAUCAACUACCCCAUGGUUGAUGACUCUCUGUCUAACGAUUUCUGCUCGGAGUUUCUAGCUGAAUUCUCAGGGCUUAAUCCGAACAAUGUAUCUAUCUCUCACAAUACCGACCAGAUUGUUAGAGGUUCGAGCAGCAUGGAGAACAAUCAUGCUCCUUCGAAAGCUGUUAUAGGAGGGUCAGGUGGUUUUACAAGUAGGAGCGGCCAGCUACUCGAGUCGUCUCAGCAACACCUGAACUCAGGUCAUGCUGUGAAGUCCAAAGCAACUGAUUUUGGCACCGCAAGUAGCAUUGUGACCCACUCUAGAAUGCCGCAACCGAGCGGCACUUCGCCUCUGCUGAACUUCUCCCAUUUCUCAAGGCCCGUUUCUCUCGCCAAAGCCAAUCUAGAGAGCAUGGAGAGAUUGAGAAGCAAUGAGAAGGCAUUCACUGCACCAACUAGCUCCAAUCCUCCAGAGUCUACAUUAAUCCAAUCUACAGGUGGCUUUAAAGAGUUGAGACCAUCAUCAGCAAAUACUCCAAAAGAAAUGGUCUCACUCGAGCAUACGCAGGCUCUUUGUCAGCAAGAGAUGCCCAGAAAAAAUAAUAAUCACACUGCAGUGGCGAAUAGUAAUUGCAUUAAUCAGCAGGGUUCAGGUUUUGCACCUCAAAAGGGUCCUGAAACAAUUGUUGCAUCUUCCUCUGUAUGUUCUGGCAAUAGUGCUGGGGCGGCAUCUGAUGAUCCUAAACAUGGAUUGAAGAGGAAGGAUUGCGAGGGAGAGGAUUCUGGUAAUCAUAGCGAAGAUGUUGAAGAUGAAUCUGUGGGGCUAAAAAGACCUGCUAAUGUUCGAGCCACAAAGGCUAAGAGGACUCGUGCUGCUGAAGUGCAUAAUUUGUCAGAAAGGCGGCGUAGGGACAGAAUCAAUGAGAAGAUGCGUGCAUUGCAAGAACUAAUACCAAACUGUAACAAGGUGGAUAAAGCUUCAAUGCUCGAUGAGGCGAUUGAGUAUCUCAAAACCCUUCAGCUUCAAGUUCAGAUGAUGUCAAUGGGCGGUAGUCUAUGCAUGCCUCCGAUGAUGCUACCUCCUGGGAUGCAACAGAUGCACUUGCCAUCCAUGGCUCCUCAUUAUGCCCAAAUGGGUGUUGGCAUGGGACUGAACGUUAGAUUGGGAUACGGAAUAGGUCCGCUUGACAUGAGUAGUUCUCCAAAUUGCCCUUUAAUUCCAGUCCCACCGAUACACUGUGGGACACAGUUCCCUUGCCCCACAGUUCCAGGAGCUCAAGUUCGGCCUGCAAUGGCUGGACCUGGCAAUCUCCCAAUGUUUGCAAUACCUGGACUGGGGGCAAUUCCAUCCGCGGUGCCCCGUAUUGUGCCACAAUUAGGUUCUUUUUCUGGCCUUGCUGUAAUGGCUAAUCCAGUACCUGUACCUGCAUCAGAUACAACUACUCCAUUGAACUGUAAAGAACAUCGGGAGCAUAGCAUGAACUUGGAGCGUAAAAAGAGUUCCAGUGAUUCGCAGAAAACACCUUUUGCACCAUCUGCCUUGGCUCAAAGUAAUCAGACGCUGCACAGUAGUGGAAGUGGAGGUGCUAAUUCCGGUAACCAAAAUGGAACUUGACUAACCAGGGUAACAAAGUUAUGGUUGAGGCAUCCUCCUUUUGAUGGUUUUUGUGCAGCUUGUCAAAGUUGCACACUAUUUGGGAGAAUUUUGUAUACUAGACUGCUCUCUGAACUUUGAAUGGCCAUAUGAUCUCCACGAACACGAUGGCCUGGGCUUUGACUUCUGCGCCAUUUGCGCCAAAGCUGUGCAAGCAGAGGAUUUUGGGAUGCUUGGAGGUUGUAUAAAUUUUUAGACAGUUUCAGGCUGCAUGUUAUGUAAAUGACAGAGAUCAAAUGGUUUGAGAGUGCAACCUUGGCUGGCAGUCCCCGUUUCGUAAUAAAGGAUAAAUCCUUUUCAAGUUUUGUUAUUGUAAUUUAGUAAACUGUUAUUUGACGUACUUUCUCUUCAUAUUGUUUGUUGCUCAUCACCUUCUUCAGUUAUCGAUCGGCUUUCUUCUUCUUCUUUUUCUCC